CUCAUCUCUGCCAUCACCCAAUAAAUAGCCAGACAAGCCCUCACCAUUCCAGAACACUUGGAGAGAUGAGACAAUCCCACCAGCUGCCCCUAAUGGGGCUCCUAUUAUUUUCUCUUAUUCCAAGGCAACAAUGUGAGAUCUGUGAGGUAAGCAAAGAAAACUAUACUGCUCUAAGCCCUCUGAUAAGCACAAUGAUCAAUUCAAAAUAUAACAAAGGAAUCCAAGCCGCCAGUGUACUGCUGUCCCUCAGACUUGGUGGGUUCCUGAGCCAAAGCCAAGAUCAACAGCUGAUUGAAAAAGUCCUUCUCGCUACAAGAAGUACAGAGCCAUCGUUAACCUCGGGACAGCUUGCCUUGGCUAUUCUGGCGUUGGGAGCAUGUAAAGGGCCUGAUGGAACUUCUAUAAAUUAUUCUGAACGGGUCAAAAAUCUACAAAAAAAAUUCCAAGCAGAAAUUAAAAAUAUGGAAGAACAUGAUGGUAAUCCACUAACUAACUACUACCAGCUCAGCCUGGAUGUUUUGGCCUUGUGUCUGUUCAGAGGGAAGUACUCAAUUCGUAAAGUUGCUGAAAUCUUCAAACCUGGAAAUAAAAAUUACUAUUUCAAUGAACAGUUCUCAGUAGAUACUGGUGCGAUGGCUGUCCUGGCUCUGACCUGUGUGAAGGGGAAAAUAACAAGAAGGCAGAAGCAAACACAAAGAAAGGCUAUGAAGAAUAUUGUUAAUCAUACGAAGUCACUGGUAAAUGAGAUUCUAUCUCAAAAAACAGAAAAUGGUCUCCUCGGAAACAUAUAUAGUACAGGAGAAGCUAUGCAGGCUCUCUUUGUUUCAUCAAUGUAUUACCUCGAAAAUCAAUGGGACUGCCAAAAAACACGGGAUAUGGUGCUCACAGAAAUUUCUCGAGGAGCAUUCCAUGUGCCAACCGCUGCAGCUCAAAUCUUACCGGCCCUGAUGGGAAAGACCUACCUGGAUGUUAACAAAGCCUCUUCUUGUGUCUAUGGCUCAGAUCCCCUCCACAUCUCCACUCCGGAGCCUGUAUCGGUGACGCCCACUGUCUCACCCUCUCAAAUCCAAGUAAAUUACUCUGUGGUAAUCAAUAAUCAAAUAGAUAACAUCACGGUCCAUGUGGCAAAUGGUUCUGUCUUCCUAGAUGUGAUGGAACAAGCUAAGAAAGAAAAUGCAACUCGAUUUAGUUUCACAGCAGAGGAGAACUCAUGGGGCCCCUACAUCACCAGCGUUCAGGGCAUAAAGGCCAACAACAAUGACAGG